AUGCUUCGAUUUCUUUUCUUUGCGUUACUCAAAGCACGAUCUCAUACUUCAGUCAAAAUGGGACGAGCGAAGACGUGGUAUCGCGAAAAUCUACUGCUAAUUCUGACUAUAAGCGGUGUGGUACUCGGCGUCGUAGGCGGCGGAUUACUACGGUACCUGGAUCUGUCCAAAGAAGCGAUAACGUUUAUUGGAUUUCCUGGCGAAUUGUUCAUGAACAUGUUAAAGGCGAUAAUUUUGCCGCUAAUCGCCGCAAGUCUAGUAUCAGGGCUGUCUCAGCUGGAUAUUCGAACUUCCGGAAAACUCGGACGACUUGCCCUCUCGUACUAUAUGAUUACAACUGUCCUUGCCGUUGUGCUCGGAAUUAUCUUGGUCACAAUACUGCAUCCAGGAGAUCCCAAGCAGUACAAGGAAGAAACGAUGGAUAGUGGUGUGAUGGUUAAAGGGAGCACCACAGACAAACUUCUCGACCUUCUUAGGAACAUGUUACCUGAAAAUAUUGUUCGGUCAACGUUUCAACAACAACAGACGGUCUACAUCACAGUGAACAGCUCUGACGGUCAUAUUUCUGACGAAAGUAAGAUUAAGUACACAGAUGGAAUGAACGUACUCGGGCUGAUCAUUUUCUGUAUCACGAUGGGUAUUGUGAUCUCGCGAGUUGGUGACCCAGCCCGACCUCUCGUGGAUUUUUUCAUGGCACUGGAUGUCGUCAUAACUCGAAUGGUUUUCAUCAUCAUGUGGUUCGGCAUUAUUGGAAUUCCCUCACUGAUUGCCCACAAGAUAUUGGAAGUGAAUGACUUCAUGGCAACUGUCCGAACUCUUUUAAUGUUCAUUGUUACUGUUAGUGUAGGACUAGCGGUCCAGUGUUUUAUCAUACUUCCACUCAUCUACUUCGUCACCACUCGUCAGAAUCCUUAUCGUUUCCUGCGCGGUCUUGGUCAAGCCGUUCUCACAGCGCUGGGAACGGCUUCCAGUGCUGCCACAUUGCCAGUGACGUUCCGCUGUCUACAUGAAAUAGGCGUUGACAGUCGAGUGACAAAAUUCGUACUACCUGUUGGAGCUGUGAUCAACAUGAGGCAGGGACAUCUGUGGUUGACGGAAAGCAUUACUGCCACACUGGCUUCAAUCGGCGCCGCUUCGAUACCAGGUGCAGGUCUUGUCACGAUGACGAUCGUAUUGACGGCACUUGGUCUUCCGGUCAACGACAUUUCACUCGUCGUAGCCGUCGAUUGGCUAAUCGAUCGCCUUCGAACUUCAGUGAACGUCAUAGGCGAUGCUUUCGGAUGCGGUUUCGUCUACCACCUGAGUAGAAAAGAUUUAAGUGAAUUGACAGAAAAAGAAGUUGAAACAUUCGACGAACGAAAUCAUCAUUUCUUGCACAGUGUAAGAAGAAUGAAUUCCUCAUUUAUAGUAUGGUAA